AUUCGAGUCGAGCCCACCAACCGACGCCUUUCAACACUUGGAUUAUGUGUGCGUGUAACGAAUCUAGUACAGUCCGCUCGGCCCGCUGGGCUGUCGUCAUGGACGGACAGAAGCGUCCGCGAAGCAGCCUUAGCUAAUUUCCAGAAGCUCCCGAGAUUCGAACGUUCCACUCCGUUUGUGUUUGAUCCUAGGUAAUUCGUCUCGGCCCCGCGCGUAGUUAGCGUAUUUACACAGCCAUGGCGACUGUGAUUUGCAUUCAAGCAUCUAAGCCAUUUGAUCGAACAAUCUCUCUCAGCCUCUCCUCCAAUCCCGUAACGUCCGGCACCCAUCACCGCUAUCACCGAACUCACCGCUAUCCCCGCUGAAAUGGCUCCAGUGAAGGUCUACGGCUUGAACAUGUCGACGUGCACCAAGAGGGUGCUGACCACUCUCGAGGAGAAGGCAGUCACGGAGUACGAGGUGGUUCCGGUGGACCUCGGGAAAGGCGAGCACAAGUCGGAAGAGUUCAAGAAGAAGCAGCCAUUCGGAGUUAUUCCCUACCUAGAUGACGGGGAAGUUCAAGUCUUCGAGUCGCGUGCCAUCGCUCGUUACAUUGCCGACAAGAACUCUAGCCAAGGCACCGACCUCCUUGGUUCCACGCUCAAGGAGCGUGCGCUAGUGAACCAGUGGCUGGAGGUGGAGGCUCAGAACUACAACCCGCCCAUCUCAGCGCUGAUCGCAGAGAAGGUGUUCAAGCCCAUGUUCGGCGGGGGCGAGCCGGAUGAGGCCAAGGCAGCUGAGCUCAAGGCGAAGCUCUCUGUGGUGCUGGACGUGUACGAGGCCCACCUGACCAGCAGCGAGUACCUGGCGGGGUCUGCUUUCUCCUUGGCGGAUCUGUCCCACCUGCCGUACACGGCCAUGCUGUGGGCGUCAGGGGAUUCGGACCUCAUCACCUCCCGACCCAAUGUCAACAAGUGGUGGGAGAGAAUCUCCUCCCGCCCCUCCUGGAAGAAGAUCUCCGCCCUGCAGUGACAGGGCGUAGCAAGACUCUCAGACCUGCAGUGAGAGCCCUGUAGUGUAAGGGUGUAGCCUAGUUUUGCAAAGAGGGGGCCAAUUUCAUCUAUGUACGCCCUGGUAUAUGCUGAUAUUUCGCAAAAACCAUCUGGUUUCAACCUCCGGACCGGAGUUACUCAGGUACGUGGUUGUUGGAAAUACGGAAGAGGGAAUAGUGCUAGCGGAAAAAAGGGUUGGAUCAUGGAAGUAAGGGCGAAGUUGCCUGAGCUGAGGGACUGCUGGAAGGCUGUGGGUGUGUAGAGGUGGAAAGCAGGGUUCCUGCUAACUUUUAGGGCAGUCUGAGAAUCAGACGGGGUACGAACGUUUUGUCUGACCAUCAUAUGAGUUGUUUGGCUUGGUCUAAAAUUUCAGACGAAGUAUAC